CCUUCUGGGAUACUUCUCUCCCCUCGCUGAAACUCUUCGAAGUGACGCGAGGAAAUGACAGUUUGAUCACCAUGCCAACAGUGGGAUGAGAGUCAAAUAUGAAGUCAUCUGUCCGACAGCUAAAGCUUGGCUGAAAUUGGGUCAUGCAACAAGACAAUGAUCCCAAGGACCAAGCACUCCAGCAACUCCACAACAGAAUGGCUGAAAAAGAAAAGAAUCAAAGUCUUGCACUGGCCCAGUUAAAGUCCAGACCUCAACCAGAGGUACGUUAAGAGAGCUGUGCAUAAACAGAUGCCCACAAACCUCAAUGUACAAAAGCAACAUUUUAAAGAAAAGCUGACCAAAAUUCCUCCACAAUGAUGCGAAAGACUGAUACUAUCAUACAGAAAAUGAUUACUUCAAGUUAUUGCUGCUAAAGGUGUUUCUACAAGAAAUUAAAUCAUAGGGUGCACUAUUUUUUUUUUUAGUUAUUUUUGCUAAACCAUGACACGGUGUUAUACGUAAUGUGUUCUAUUUACCUCAUUUUAAGACCUGCUUGCGACCAGAUGAUUUUUAUUAUGGCCUGAUACACAAAACCAUAGAAUUCAAAAGGGUGUACUUUAUUUUUCACAUGACUGUAGAUAGCUGUGUGAGAUCAAUAUCACAUCACCACUUUUUCCGUUGUCUGUGUCUCUAUUAAUACACAUCAGUCCUGGUCAUCUCUUUCUCUAUAUCCACUCACUAUCCUCCAUAUCUUAAUUCUACUGCACAUCUACAUUCAAUUCUAUCUGUUCCUUUUUGUCCUUUCAUUGAUGCCAUAUUUGCUGUGUCAGUGUUUAAUUGAGGAUUGGCUUGGAUUAGCUGUUUGAGAUAGCCUUAAUCUGUUUGAGUCACUGAGACAGUUUAUGAGAGAAGAGCAGAGGGUAAUCACAGAGUGUGCCUGACAACAGAUGUGUUAGUUAACCUGACAGAAACACUCGGGGAAAAUUUGUCAAAGAUUUCUAGAUGGACAGUGAGGUUGUCAAAGAAGUAACACAGAGUGAGGAAGAAAUGGAGCAGGAACUGUCCUCUGAGAGAGGCGAGGACAGUGAACUAGAGGAAGAUGAACCUGAAGAGGAGGAGGAAACAACUGAAAUGCAGGGCAGAGGGGAUAAGAGGGAUGUGGUGGACUGGAAUGGGUUUAUUUCAGGAGAAGGUCUUGCAGCUAAAGAGGAGGCGCUGCUGGACUGGAAGCCAGGUGACCCUGUGACCCCUCAGUAUGUCCUCAGACUACCAGGAUACACAGACGAUUACCUGUGCUCCCUAGAAGACAAUGUCUACAAUAUUAGCUUCUCACGCUUUAAAAUAAGAGACCUGGAAGGUGGAUCAGUCAUUGUGGACAUUAAGAGACACUGUCCAACAGAAAUAAAGGAUGUCAUAGAGCUGGAUGCAGGCCGUUUCAUUCAGUAUCAUUUCAGUCCAUCUUUUCUAAAUCUCAGGAAUAUUGGAGCCACACUCGAGUUUACCGUGGGUGGUAAGACGGUGAACAAAUUUCGGCUGAUUGAGAGGCAUUACUUCAGGGAUCUACUGCUGAAGACGUUUGACUUUGAGAUCGGUUUCUGUAUCCCACACAGCAGAAACACCUGUGAACACAUCUACUGCUUACCAGACCUGGAUUCACACACCAUUGCGGAGAUGAUCAGCCACCCUUUUGAGACGCGGUCAGACAGCUUCUACUUCGCCAAAAACAAACUGAUAAUGCACCAUAAGGCAGAGUACUCCUUCAACCAGGGGCUGGAGUUCAAUGAGAACCAGAGCUAAACACUUCACAAUAAGGCAAUGCAAAUCGCAGUAUGGCUGCAGAAGAUAUAAUAUACAGAUUAGCGUUGUAUAUUUGGUUUCAUAAACUAGAUAACGGCAUGUCUUUGUUACUUUACUGAUGUUUGUGCUGGGGUUAUGUUGGUUUGCUUGCACUGUAA